AACAACCCAAGGAUACGUCUAAAGAGCUUUUUUCUCCAUCAUACCAUGCACUUUUUUCUAAGGAAUAUCCUAAAGUUAAUAAUGGACAUUAAAACAUCGCUAACUUAAGGGAAAUAUCGCAUGGAGUGAUUUCAUUCAAAUACUUUUCAUUUGAUUGAACGGCGAUUCAAGAUUCACUUCUAAUCGUUGGAUUUCUCGAAGAACACAAAAAAAUCGAUGCGAGCCGCAUGAAGUCAGUGCAUGUGAAGUGCAUGAAAUCACUUCACGUGAGAGGAGAAGGUUGAGGGUUUUUACACGAAAUAAAGUUUCGUUACAUUUUCCGGAAGUAGCUAUUUUUCUAUGGAUCGGAUGAAAAGCUGUGGUAGGACAUUGAGAUUUCUUUGCGCUUCCAUAUAAAGAAUCAUACAAGCUACUCUGAAACAACAGACAGUCAACGGUGUAUGAUGACCAACGUUCAUAUAAGUCCUCGUUUUAAGGGUCAUUCGGUGCAUAAGGAGUUUUUAAGCGUCGACCGUCCUUCGCCCGAAGGCGCUGGCUCUUCAUCAUGCGAUUCCCAUACAGCACCAUGGACAGGGUUCACUCCUUCACAUCCUACACCCUUCACGCACUCUCUCCUCCGGUCAAAAUUGACCAAGGAAUCGUUAAAUGGAUGCGGAGAAUACAACUCCAUCAGAUCCAUUGGGACGCAAAGACACACGGGACAUUUAUGCAAAAAGUGCGUCUCUUAUUUCAACAUCUUCAGAGGGGAAGCGUUCAAGCAAAUAAUUGACGGAAACCUUUCUACCAAAGAUCCCAGUCUCCCCAUUCAUCUUUAUGAGAGCAUGAAAGCACCUGCUGGUGCUUUAGAAGCCUGGAGCAACGUAGAUGGACGCUGUAGCGUCUGCUCCACUCACUUUAGCCAGCUGAAGCAGGAGGCCAUCCGCACGAUCCUCACCCAAGACCGGGCCAUAUGGACCACUUCUUCUACUGCCAACAUCUCAUCCACAGGCUUAGGCUCACAAACUCUCCCCAGAACCUCAAGCCACCGACCCGCUGCGUCAAAACCCCAUCAGAGGUCCUGCAAUGAAGCACCGGAUUUCUGGAUUAGAGACCGUCAACAUUUGGAGGCCAUGUUGCAAAUGUCCUCAUGCAAUGGAAUUAAUUCAGCUUCUCAAAAGACUUCCCAGAGUCCUUUGCAUGCACAAAUGGAGCCUGAGAAGGAGAGCAUGACUUCGUCGACCCUAUGCAACUACAAUUCUUCACAGCCAUCCAGAGCUUCCAGCAUGUCUUCCCUUCUCCCUGCGGGAACCUCAGCUGCCGUCUCUUUCUUUGUCAAGGCAGUACAAAAGCUGAAUGUGAUGGUUAGGAGAGGGAGGCAGUAUUCAGAGAGUGGUGCCUUCCAAAAUACAACAAACUUCAGUAGUCUACUGCAGAAGUCCUUUCCUCCCACUCCAGCCAAUUUCUUCCAAUCUGCCAGUAAGAGCAAGGAACCACCUGUGAUGGGGAAGGUCAAAGUGAUGCUGCGAGUCUGUCCGGUAUCUGCCUCAGACGCCUCACAGCCCCACUGUGUCAAACUGGACCAGCGAAAGAAACAGAUCACAGUGUUGAAUGUAGCCACACACAACACAACUUAUACACAAUCCACUGGCACUGCGUUCUCACCAAAAUCCUUCACCUUCGAUGCCGCAUUUGGCCACGAUUCAACCCAGGCUGAAAUUUGUGAAAGCAGCUUGUGUGACCUGCUACAUUGUGUGCUUGCUGGGGCUGAUGGCUGCAUUUUAAGCUUUGGACAAACCAAUGCGGGAAUGACUUACACGAUGUUUGGCCAUGAUGGUUGCGUUCAAACCCUUGGAGUCAUUCCUUGUGCUAUCUCUUGGCUUUUCAAGCUCAUUAACAGGAAGAAAGACAAGACAUGGGCUAACAUCUCGGUUUCAGUCACAGCUGUAGAGGUCUGUGGAGAAAACAAUGCCAUCAGGGAUUUACUCUCUGAUGUUGAUGCAGGCAAAGAGAAUUAUAAGCAAGACGCUUACCUCAUAGAGGACCCCAUCUACGGCAUACAGCUUUGCAACCACAGUGUGUUAAAUGCUCCGACUCCAGAAAUAGCUGCUUCCCUAUUAGAUGCAGCUAUUGCGUCGCGUAACAGUGGGAUGGUGAACAGUGGAGGAACACCGGGACACCGCUGUCACAUGUUUUUUACCCUUCAUGUCCGCCAGCAGCACAUCGGGGGUAGCACCAAAUCUGGGAUGAAUGUGGAUCAAAGCAAGUUGAGCCUGGUCGCUUUAGGAAGCUGUGUGGGGGAAAGGGAUUCUGGGGUCUGUCUUGCAGAUCUCGGAAACAUAAUCAUCGCUAAGCUCACAAGACAUAAACAUGUCCCAAAUAAGGGAAAUAAAUUGGCAAUGCUACUACAAGACUGUCUGAGCAACAUCAACUGCACCACCACAAUUAUUGCCCAUAUAUCCACCUCAUCUGAAGACCUCACAGAGACCCUCUGUACAAUGCAGACUGCGUCUCGCAUCCGAAGGCUACAAAAGAGGACCAGGAAAUCUUCUUCAAGCUCCCCUGGAGGAGGAAGUUCAGGAAAUGAGAGAAAACCUCAUAAUACCACCAGGCUGAGAACCUUUCAAUCCACUGGAACACUGGAUCAGGAUCUGUCCUCUCCCAGUUUCUUUGGUGAGCCUGGAGUUCGUCCUGGGAGUGCUAAGUCAUUUGAAUCUGUCAUAGAUCAUCCAGGCCUCCUGAAUAAAGAGGUGUCAGACAGAAGCGGGGAGGUUUGGCCUAUUAUUCCAUCUUCACUCAAGAGCAAGUUAGAGUCAAAAAAGCGUUCUCUGAUGAAGCUUUGCGAUAUAUCCCCACCACUCGCAUAUCGCAUGAAACAGCUAUCAAUAGAAAAGGAUAAGGAAGAGUCAGUGCCAACAUUAUUGCAAGACAGAUCUGAGUUUGAGUGUCUGAAGUGCAACACGUUUGCGGAACUCCAGAAUCGACUAGGAAAUAUAGACGUAGAUAAAGAAAGAAGAGGGUUGGUUGGAAUGGAUCCAUGCAAAGAUCAAGCAGCGAACACUGUGAGCAAAGCACCUCAAUUAAGCCAAGCCGAGAACUAUAAAUCUAUUUCGACAGAUGUUCAGACAUCUAAUAAAUCUGAUAAUACAAGACAGGGAAGCUCUCCAAAGAGAUUUCCUGUCAUUCAAAACAGUGAGGAAAUAAAAAGUGCAGUCAAUUCUCUGGUUGUUCAGACAUGUUCCCCGCAGUUAGAUGCCGUCAAGCAGUGUGACCACAUGAUCCAUGACCUGUCCUCCAGUAGAUCUAAGCCUAAUAUUGAAAAAACUGAAAUUUCACUGCCUCUGAGAUUAGAAGAGGAAAGUAUGCAAUCGCACGAUUCCACGAUUCAACCUGGGACACGAAUUUCUCCUGCUGGCAAGAGUGCACCAAGAUCUGGAUCCUCUUCUUCAUCCUCUUCAUCCCUGUCUAACGGUUUAGGCUCUCCACAUACUGUUGCUUCUGUGAAUGAAAACAUUCCACACUGUAUGUUAAAACAUCAACGAGAGAUGAAGGCCACCAUUACUGUUACAGUUCAGCAGCCACUGGAUCUCAACGGACAGGAUGAGCUUGUGUAUAGUGUGGUUGAAGAAGUAACAAUAAAUGGGACCAACGAGAACGGAAAGGCAAAAAUAUUGAGCGUUCGUGAUUCACCCUCACUCCAAUCUUUGACAUCAGGAAGUCGGCCUGUAAGGAUUAUUGGCAGUGUGGGUCAAGAACAUACAACAAGUUUUCUUAAUUCAGGCACUAAAGAGCAAACUUCAGAGACCGAAUUUGCUUUGGAGUCAUCUGAUGUAACUUUUCAGAAAAAAGCAUUCGUGCAACCCACAUCAGUCAGUACUAAUGUUGACAAUGUGAGGGUUGAAUCAAAAGAGCCGCCGCAAUGUGAUGCUUGGUCAGAUGUUCCUCUCACUGAAGAAGUAAGGGAUAUGGCUAAGGCUGGCCCUAGCUGUAACCAUCCAAAGCACUAUGAGAUCUCAAAAUCCAGACAGUAUGAUUGUGACAUUAUAAAAGAGCAGAGCUCUGUGAUGUCCAACUUUAAGGAUGCCCCACAACUGCACAUGAACACAGAACACAAAAAUCCACCUAGUCCAAGAGAAACACUUGAGAGGACGCAAUAUAUAAUGGUCAAACAAAGGAGUAAAGAUAACGCACCCCUCCCAUCUACAUAUAAGAAUAGUCCCAAUGCAAAACAGAAUAAAGAAGAAUCCAGAAUGUCCAGAAGUACAAUGCUUAAUCAAUGGCAGUCUUUGGAAACAGAAAAUGAGACCACAAAAGCUCCUCAUGAGGACAGCAGCAAGUUAUUUAAUGCUAGAUUGAAAGCAUUAUCCAGCAGGAGCCAUACUUUGGAUCUGAGCACAAGUGGGACUCCUUUGAGUUUACCGGGAAGCUUAGAGGGUAUUUGUACCUCACCAAGAUUCAAGAACAAGCGAGAGACGGGUCGAAUCAAUAUCCCAACUCAUUCAUGCAGUAUGGAUGAUGCAGCUAAUUUCAAAGAAGAGUUUGAGAACUUUGUAAUAGGUCGAGCUAGUCAAAGUUUCGGGAGGGUUCCAACAUUCUUCCCUAUGCAUGACGUUGAUGCAAACGACACGACUCAAUGCAAAAUCGUUAGGUCCAAGGCAUCAUAUGCUAAUAAAUCAAUGUCAAGUUCAAAGAUCCAAAGGAUGUCUGACAGCAGUCCCAUGAAUUCAACCCAAAAUCUAUCCUCCAAAUCGAAUGGUUAUUCAAUGAACAAAACAACAAGCCUUUCUUGUAAUGGUUUAUCUACCAAUCAAAGCCACUGGUCAACGCAAUCCUUAUCCACCAAGUCCUCCGCUUUACCUCUGAAAGGAAGAAUUGAACUUUUAAAAAGUAGCAGAGACUCUCUUUGCAACUCAAGCCAAGGUGGGUCUGAUUUAGACGAAACUGAGGAACACUUGAGUACAAAGCCUUUGGCUACCACAUUGCCAUCUCCAUACAGCUGGAUCACAGCUCCACGAAAACCCAGUGGCCACGCCAGCGAUACCACCAGUGUUCUUAGUGGGGAGUUGCCUCCGGCCAUGUGUAAAACAGCUUUACUUUAUAACAGGAGCAGUAUGGUCAGUAGCGGCUAUGAUAGCAUGCGUAGAGAGAGUGAAGCUACGAUCAGCAGCAGUUCAACACACAACUCCUUCAGUGAUCAGAGCUGCUCACCAGGUGCUGCUAAAGGAGCUAGAAGUACAAAGAAAAAGGCCAACUUAGGAUCCAGUCCAAGAGCCCUAUCCCAGGACAGCCUGCUGACACUAAAGAGGUCCGCCAGUGGACCCAAAAUGCAGUGGGCAGAUCGGGGACGUUCUGACUCUUAUGAAAUUAAGGUCUAUGAAAUAGAUCAUGUGGAUUCCAUACAAAAGAGAGCUGGGACAGGGAACAAGCGUAUAGUUCGCUUUAGCGCACAGCUAAAAUUCCUGGAGCAUCGACAACAGAGGAUUGCAGAGGUGAGACUGAAGUAUAAUCUUCUCAAGCGGGAGCUGGACCAUGCCAAGCAGCAUCUGAUGAUAGAUCCAGGAAAAUGGAGCCGUGAAUUUGACUUGUGGCAGACAUUCGAAGUAGACUCCCUGGAGCACUUGGAGGCUUUGGAGCAGGUUACCGAACGACUAGAGCGACAUGUUAACCUCUGUAAAGCGCAUGUAUUGAUGGUCACUUGCUUCGAUGAAAAACCUAAGCGCAAACAAAAGUCCCGGCAUCGACCACCUGUAGAUCAUAAAGGGUUUGUAGCAAUAUAGCAUGCCAUAAAAUGACCACUUUUGCCUGUUAUGCAAUACAGAUAUGUGUACAAAACCAUGCAAAAAUCAGUACCUUAUAUAUGCAAGCUUCCAUUGGUGCUAAUCAGGUCAUACUUAAUAUCCAGUUUGCUGUAUAGCAGAUACUUGAUACAUUGAGAGAGCUCAGCACAUUAGAUUGCAGGUUCACACCCGACGACAAAAUGGACGAAAACACCAAUUUGCGCAUUUUAAAAUAGAUUCAGACUGUUAACCCAAGUUUUGUAGUUAAUCUUGUGCAGUAAGGUUUCAAUAUUUUGCGCUGUAUUUCAAAGACACUGCCUUAAAGGAAUAGUUUAACCAAAAAUGAAAAUUCUGUCAUCGUUUACUCAUCCUCAUGUUGUAACAAACCUGUAAUAAUUUCUUUGUUCUGCUAAAAACAAAGGAACCAAUUUUGAGCAAUGUUUGUAACCAGACUAUUUUAGAGCACCAUUGAGGAGUAUUUUUUACUAUGGAAGUCAAUUGUGCUUCAUUACAAAUAUCAUCCUUUGUGUUCAGCAGGACAAAGAGGAAUAAAUGAUUACAGAAUUUUCAUUUUUCAUCUCUUAACAUUCUUAAGAUGCAUUAACAUUAAGAUUAACAACAUCGAAUGUACAUCACGCAAUGAGCAUGCAACCUGUUUUAAUAACUGCUUGUCCAUCUGUGACAAAAUGUUACCAUGAUUGAUGAAUGAGUUCAAUUCCUGAUCACUGCAGUUAACCAUUACUCUCAGAUGCUGAAGCGCAUGGACAUUUCGGUGACUACAAUGUGCAUGAAUAUUUAAUAAGGCAAGCACUUAUAAUUUAUGAUUAGGUGUCUGUUGUUAAACAACACGCUGUAAUAUUCUGGCAUGCAUUGUUUCACAAUGUAUAAUUUUAAGCAUCAUAACAAUUGUUAUGGUGACAGUACUACCUUUCAAAUGUACAAAUGUGAAACAUUGCUUCACCUGGGGUUUAAAGUGGUCUGAAUCUGGACCACAAUAUCAUGUGAUUAUGCAUAAUGUGAAAAACCUUAAUAAAAGUCCUCAGGCCUCGCCUUACUUUAGCAACAUUUAUUCUGUCAAUAUAUAAUAGUCACCUACAAGGUUGUAAAAAACUGUAAAAAGUCACUUUCAACACUCACUUAGUGUGUAUUGAGUUGCUCGAAGAGCGAAUAAUUUUAAAGUAAUUAAUUUUUUUUCUCAACCCUUGUGAUUUAAAAAAUAAACAUGUUGUUUACUUUACUGUGCUUUUUAUUAUAAGUUUAAGUGAUGUUCAAUAGCCAUUGUACUUAAUA